AUGACCAGAGGAUUAGGAAAGAUGUCGUUUGACAAAGACAACUCGACAACGGACCCGUUCGCCGGUGAUGCGGAGAAGCAGAUGCCCAAAGAAAACUCCCACCCAGUUGAAGAAGCCAGCACACAGCGUUGUCGUGGCCGUUUCGGUGGCGUGUUGGGAAGUUUGUUGACUGUCGAGAAGGGUGACUUGUCUGAUCCGGGAAAGGAACACAACCUGAAAUGGUACCAGCGGCUACUGGCUGCUGGCAUGGAGACGAAUGGCAUUGAGCCGGUACCCGUCGCCAACCGGACGAACAACCAGCACUGGAAUCUGUUCACUCUCUUCUUCACCAGCAUGCUCUCUCUUCUGCCUCUCCCGACAGGUAUGCUGGCCACCUUGAGCUAUGGCCUCAGCCUGCGUGACGCCUCUCUCGUCAUCCUCUUCUUCGGCCUAUUGACUUCCAUUCCGCCCGCUUUCCUGGGUAUUGGCGGAACCCAAACCGGCAUGCGCCAACAGAUCCAGGCUCGGUACUCGUUCGGAUUAUACCCCGCUGUUGUCCCUCUUAUUCUGAAUGCCGCGACGAUCACCGGCUUCACCCUCAUCUCCGCCGUGGUCGGUGGGCAGACCAUCUCGGCCCUCAAUCCGGAUCAUGUGAGCGUCAAGGUCGGCAUCGUCAUCAUCUGUCUCGUGAGCUUCUCCGCGGCCCUUCUUGGCUACCGCGCAUUGCACUGGCUGGAGACCUGGUCGUGGAUUCCCAACCUCAUUUCCCUAGUAGUUGCUGUGGGUUGUGGUGGUAAGUACCUGCACCUGCAGUCCGACACCCUACCUGCGACGGCUUCCCAGGUCCUGUCCUAUGGUAGUAUCGUCGCAGGCUAUUUCCUGACAUUUAGCGGUACCACUUCCGACUAUUCCACAUACCACAACCCAAAUGUGUCCAAGACCAAACUCUUCUGCUAUAUGUAUUUCGGCAUAUUGUUACCGUCUAUACCACUGCUCGUCCUGGGUGCCGCAAUUGGUGGUGCUGUUCCAAACGUGCCUUCGUGGAGCGUUGCAAACGAUAGAAGCAGUGUGGGGGGUGUCCUAUAUGAGAUGUUGCGUCCAGCCCACGGCUUUGGGAAAUUUCUCGUCGUGUUGCUUGCCCUCAGCAGCAUCGGAAACAUCGCCAUAUCGUCAUACUCAAUGGCACUGAAUAUGCAGAUGAUGCUUCCCAUUUUCUCCCGCGUUCAUCGCUUUAUCUUCAUCCUCAUCGCGAUGGCUAUUGUCAUCCCCUGUGCGAUCAAAGCUGCCCAAGCGUGGGAGGAGAGCCUCGAAAACUUCCUGGCCAUUAUUGGCUAUUGGGCAGGCUGCUUUUCCGUCGUGCUGAUCGAAGAGCUGACAAUCUUCCGUCGCAUGGACUUUUCGUCUUAUGACAUAACCAUUUGGAAUGUUGGCAGCAAGUUACCGACUGGCAUACCCGCUAUUGUUGCGUCGAUUCUCUCAUUCGGUCUUGUUGUCCCAGGCAUGGAUGAAGUUUGGUACACUGGUCCAAUCGCUAAGAAAUCCGGAGACAUCGGGUUUGAGAUGGCUUUCGCCAUCACUGGAGUGUUCUACCUCCCUCUUCGCUGGGUUGAAAUCAAAUGGCGGGGUCGCCUCUAG